AAGCUGCUCUCUAGCGCCGACUAGUGUUAAAGCUUGGAACUGUUCUUCAGACUCUGUUUAUUCCUGCUUGGUUCUGUAUUUCAGUUUAGGAUUAUUGGAUUAUUAGAGUGACAGUGUUGAUGUCACUUAUACCAGUGGUCCAGACUCAAGGGAAUGGUAAAGCUGUGGUGUCCAUAAAGCCUGAUACACACGUGUUCAUUGGAGAGCGUGUUACUCUCAGAUGUGAAAUACAGGGAGGAGGCUCUGAGUGGGAAUACGGCUGGUAUAAAAGUAAUAACAAAUUUACAGACAGCACAAAACAGGAGAUCAGAAUCCAGUCUGUUGGAGACUCUGACAGUGGUGACUACACCUGCAGAAGACUAUGGGAUUCCUCUCAGAGAUCAGAGACCAGUGAUGCUGUUACACUCACUGUAUCAGCAAAACCCAAACCAACUCUGAGAUCAUUUCCUUGGAGUCUCAUCAACAGUGAAGACACCAUCACUCUGAGCUGUGAUCUGCAGGACUGGACUGCAUGGGAGUUCUUCUGGUACAGAAAUUCACAGAUUGUUAGCAAUGUGGCAACGAAAACCAACACAUUGAGUGUGAAUGUCAGUAAUGCAGGAGAAGCGGUGUUUCAGUGUUUAGCACGCUGGAGAAGUGACUACAGAUACUACACACAGCUCAGUGAUCCUGUCAAGAUCUCAGCAAAAGAAAAACCCAAACUGACUGUGAGAGUGAAUCCUCAGAGUUUCAUCUACACUGGAGACACCAUCACUCUGAGCUGUGAGCUGCAGGAGACUGGAUGGGAGUUUUUCUGGUACAGAAAUUCACAGUUUGCGAGGAAUGAACCCAGAGAUACCAACACACUCAGUGUGAGAGUUGAUAUUGCAGGAGAAACAGUGUAUCAGUGUCGUGCAAGCAAGAAAAUCUACAACAUCUAUAACAACUACAACUACGUCUACACAAGACUCAGUGAUUCUGUCACCAUUACAGCAAAAGAAAGACCCAAACCAGUGGCAUCUAUAAAUCCUGAUAAACAGGUGUUCAGUGGAGACACUGUCACUCUGAGAUGUGAGAUACAGGAUGAAAGUGUAUCUAGGUGGCAGUACAGCUGGUAUAAAGAUGCUUCACUCAGUCCUGUCAGUAGUGUACAGAUGUACACAAUCAGUAGUGUUGAAGUGACACACACAGGUAAAUACACCUGUAAAGGAAGAGAGAGUGGAGGCUCACGUUCCUCACACCUCAGUGAUGCUGUUACACUGACUGUAUCAGAAGGGAGACCACAGACAGUACUGAGUGUAUCUCCACAGAACUGGCUGACUGAAGGAGACUCAGUGACUCUAAGCUGUGAGGUUACAGACUCCUCUACAGACUGGACAUUCAGCUGGUACACAGUUCUUCUCUCAGACAGCAGCAGAGGAUCUGGAGGCUCCUACGCUCUCAGUCCUUCUGCUCUUCAUCACACAGGAGUUUAUGUGUGUAGAGGAGAGAGAGGAGAACCAGUCAGUCACACACUGUACAGCAAUCCACAGCCUCUAUGGAUCUCUGGUGAAUCUCCUCCAGUGUCUCUGAUCAUCAGUCCCAGCAGAACUCAACACUUUACUCGUGACUCUCUCUCACUGAGCUGUGAGGACCAGAGUAACUCUACUGGAUGGACAGUGAGACGAUACACAGACAGUGAAGGAGUGUUAGAUUGUUCACAGUGGGGAUCAGUUACAGGAUCUACAUGUAACAUCAGCUUCCUCUCCACAUCCUACACUGGAGUUUACUGGUGUGAGUCUGAAUCUGGAGAAAACAGUAAUCCUGUCAACAUCACAGUUCAUGAUGGUGAUGUGAUCCUGGAGAGUUCUGUCCAUCCUGUGACUGAGGGACAUCCUCUGACUCUACACUGUUUAUAUCGUAACACAAAUCCCUCAAACCUCCGAGCUGAUUUCUAUAAAGAUGGAUCAGUCGUCCAGAACCAGACUACAGGAGAGAUGAUCAUCCAUAAAGUCUCAAAGUCAGAUGAAGGUUUCUACCACUGUAAACACCCAGAGAGAGGAGAGUCAUCCAGAAGCUGGAUCUCAGUCAGAUGUUCUACAGUCAGUGGUGGAACAGUAGCAGUGGCUGUGGGUUUGGGACUUUUGUUCUUUGCUGUAGUGAUUUUAAUGAUCCUGCUGUGGUGCUGCAAAAGAAAGAAAGGUGAAGCUGCAGCUGAGAGCAGAGAAAUGAAGCGAAGAGUGAAGAAAAAGAAGGCAAACAGGAACAAUGGUGCUGAUGAUGAACCCAGUGUUGGUGAUGUGACUUAUGCUAAGCUUAAACUAAAGCCACUGAAAAAAACAAGGAGAACAAAAGAUAAGGCCAAUGUGGAUGAUGUUACUGUUUACUCAAAGCUGAAGCACAACAUGGAGUGAGCCAUGUGUCUGUGUACACUGAUGAAGCUGCAGUCAUCUAACAGACAGCUGGAAACAUUGUGUUUUUGUUUGUCUUCUGUACUGUAUUUUUCCCCAAAAACAGCAAAAUUAUAAAAAAAAGUCUUUUAAAAUACACAUUUAAUCAACAUCAUUAUUAUCAGCAGCAAAUUAAGUUCUGUGUGCUUUAAAAUAUAUAAUAUAAAUAUAAUACAAUCAAAUUAGUAAACAUUUUCAGUAAUUCUAUAAAUAGUAUAUAAAUAAUAAAUAACUGUAAAUAUCAGUCCUCUGAGUAAAUAUUAGAGUGAAAGUAGAUUUACAGUAAAAUAAGAUCUGAUCAGCAGAUCAUCCACAAUAAUCUGUUUAAGUACAAUUAUAUAGUCAGUAAGCAGCAGUGCAGUAAACAGAAAACCACCUUCAGAUCCACACUGAGGUCAUUCAGAGAAAAUUCACAAACUAUCUUGUGAGUGAUGAAGCACAAUACAGAGUGAUGGUGAUUUGUGAAAUAUAAAAUACCCCCUGUAUCAUUCCAUAGUGAAGCAGAAUGAUGCCAUUACUGUAGGUGUUCAGUUCCUUCUUUGUCAUGACCACAUCAAAAGCAUCCAGGUAGCAUCCCAGAACAGACCCAGCCUUCUUUAUCAGUUUGUUCAGCUUCUUUGCUUUUCGAGUUCUUUUGCUGCUUCCCAGCAUAAUGCUGCAAAAAAGACAGCACUCACAACAUCUGCCUCAUAGAAGCUCUCAAACUGUCCUCCUGCUAAAGAUAAAGCACCAGAGAUUCCUCAUAAAGUAACAUCUACUCCUCCUUUUCCUGUGCACAGCAGUAGAGUAUCAUCAUCUCCUUCCUGUACACAGCAGUAGAGUAUCAUCAUCUCCUUCCUGUACACAGCAGUAGAG